CAUGGACCCAAAAUGUAUAUUAGUGCAAAAAGCAUCGAGAUGUUUUUAAAAGCCAGCUGAAUUGAAUCUGUUAGACAAUGGACCACACAAAGCAAUCGAACAGUUAACAGAUGAGAAAAGAACAAACUGAGGUAAAAGAUAAAGGGGGAGCAAGAGAGCUGGAGUGAGUGAGCGAGCGAGCGAGAGAGCGAGGGGGAAGGAAGGAGGGAGGGGAGGCGAGAGGAGGGCACGCAGUAAACGACACAUAAUGCACAGCGAGUAACGGGAAUGUAAGCUGUCAGUGUCCUGAGCUGCACACAGAUCUCAUUAAAGGAUGUAUCGAUCGUCACAGCACAGUGUGUGUGGAGCCUGACAUUCCUCGCAGGGCUGUGUGUGAGUGUCCCUGCUGUUUUCUGACCAUUAUCACUGCGCCUGCUUCAUUGGCGAGCGUGUGUUUGGACAUCUAACCCCCCUCCAACCCCCCACCCCCCACUUCCUGAGGCCUGUCACCACGACAACCAUGGACUGCGGAUUGCGUCUGCCGCCCGUCAUUGAGGAGGUCUUGGAUUCUGCAGAUGAUUUGUGUGACUUCAAAGCGGAGCGGCCAGGUAUAGGCAGCGAAAUGACGGCCAAAGAGCGAGGCUCACUGGAGGACAACGAAGAAAGAGAUCAGGAGGAGGUGGAGGCUAGAAAUGGAGAGAAGGGGCAGGAGGAUGAGCGGGAGAAGAAGGAGGUGAAGGAGGAGACGGCAGAGGAGGAGAAGGAGGGGGAAAGAGAGGAGCAAAGAGGAGUGGAUGAAGAAGAUGAACUGGAGGUGCUGAGGUCGCAGGUGGUGCAGCUGCUCCUGGAGCUGGAGGAGACCAGAGAAGUGUCGCAACGACACGAGGAGAGCUACAACGAGCUUCAGGGUCUUUUGGAGGAAGAGCGACUGGCAAGUGCCCACCAGGCCGAGAGCUUUACGAGACAGAUCCAGAGACUUCAAGCCCAGCUGCGUUCAGUGCAAGAGGAGCUGGACAGUCUUGAGGAGGAGAAGGCCAGUGAGCUGUGGGAGGCGCAGGAGGAGCUGCGUGUAGCACAGGAGGAGGUGCAGGAGCUGCAGCAGUCGGCGGAGGAGGCGGCAGCUGAGCGAGAAAAUGACAUCGCCCUGCUGCAGGAGGAACUGUGCCGUGUACGUGCCGCGCUGGAGCGUCUGCGGGGCACCACGCAGGAGUACGAGCUAGAGCUGACCACACUGCGGGCCGAAAUCAGCAUGAAGAACCAGCGCAGAGAAGAGCAGGAGAAAGCAGGAGGAGAAGGUGACAUGGACCAGCUGAUGGAGGAGUGUCGCUGCUUGAAGGACGAGUGUCAGACCCUGAAGAAUGACAACAAGCAGCUCUCUGAGAAACUGGAGAUGUUGGAGCAGCAGCAAGCCAGCUCAGCUGAAUCAUGCCUGGCCCUCAAAGCAGAGCAGAAUGAUGGAGAAAAUGACACAGAAAAAGAUGUAGAAAAAGAGGUGAUGGUUGAGGGUUUCGUCAGCACGUUGGAAGUAGGAGGUGGGAAUCCGGUCGAUGCUUACACCCAAAAGAACAUCUCAUUUGAGGGGAAACCCAUCACCCCGACGGGGAUGAGUGGAGGAUUUUCGGAGGUGUUCUCCCUCAGAGACCAGCUGAAACAAGCCGAGGAGAAAGCAUCACAGGUCCAGAGAGAGUGUGAGGGACUAAAAGGAGAGCUUACGGAACUGCAGGGGCGGUAUGAGAGCAGCCAGAGGGAGAGGGCGGAGCUAGAGGCGGAGCUGCAGCGUUGUAGGGCGGAGCUUGAUCGGCUGGCUGGGAGGAAGGCUCAGAGCUCCACUCCUUCGUCUGAGUGCCCUAUUCUCUCCAUACCCUUCAUAGGAAUGGUUGUAAUAAUGGGCCUGAUAUGGUGCUGCUGGAAGGAGCUCUUGUCCUAAAGGGGGAAAGGAGAGUGAGGGAGACUGGAACCUGGUGAUGGUUGUUGCAGUGGCAGCAGCAGCAGUUCUACUCAUUCCCAGUUUCACCAGAGCUCUGGCCUGAGCGCUGGACAGGAAGUGACCUCAUCGUCCCACUCUGCCCAUGGUACACAAUUCUAUCACCCUGACCACACUUAACCACCAAUGGGAACUGAAAACCACCACUCACCUGGGAACACAAUAACACAUGGCUUCCAAACUUGACGCUUUUUGGUGUGCAUCGUGAUGCUGGUUGUUUGCUGUCUCUACUUCUUUGCUCUGCUUUUGUAGACAAUCAUAUCUGUUUGGAGCAGCAGUGCUACAGACACUGACGCCAUGCUGUGAGUAUUUAAACGGUCAGAAUGGACGAUGACUCUGAGAGCUUCUGAUUGGUCUGGCUCCCCGCUUUCCAUUUCAUCAGUUGUUUUCUUUCCCAAAACUAUUUGCCUUAUCACUUUUCAGUAGAACAUUUGCACAUUUUACCUCUAUAAACAGAUUCCUGAUUGCUUGGGGAACGAAGAGGCCGCCAUUCUUCAUCAACAAUGCUUUGGAUGCAGCAUAUUGCUUUGUGCUUCACUGCUUUUGGAUUAGGUAGGAGCCUGCAGUACUUAUUUAAUCUUCCUGGAUCUUCCCAUUUUGAAUAAUUACUUACCAGAGUCUAAAUAUUGUCAGAAUCAUUUGUGUUUAGGUUCAAUUACCGAGAACUUCUUUCACUUUCAACCAUGGCAUGUUCUCUUUGGUUUCUAACUCAAAAACUCUGUAGGUAACUAUACAGUACUUCUCUAUAUGCUAGCAAAGGAGAAUACUCAUCUAAUGCAUACUAUUUGUCAUUUUUACAUUCAUUUUGGUGAAAAAAAUUCAGAGUUUGAAGAUUCCAGGUGGGUUAAGGUUAUUCUAGUAAAAUAAUCUUAU